UGCAUUACACACCCACAAGGCCUAUUUCAAGCGGAGUCAUCAUAUCAUCUCUUCGAGAAAGAAAAACAAUUAAAAAAGAGAAGAAAAGCAAAAAAAGAAAAAGAAAAAGAAAGAAAGAAAGAAAAAAGAAGCCAUCCCAUGAACACCGAAACUUCAUCGUUUGAGAGCAGCGAGAUGCUAGCCUCUUUCUUGGCAUCCACACCAUUGCUAUCGGAGUCAUGGAGACUCUGCGAUCUGGCCUACACCACUGCUUCAUCGCCGUCGUCAGCGCCGGUUAAUUUUGUAGCAGAACAAAUCGAUGGGAUUGGGUAUGUAGCGUUUUCUGGUAUUCAUCAGUGGGUUUCAGGUCCAGAUGACUCCUCCUCCUCUACCUCUUGUAAUUUGGAACCUCUGCCUGAUUUCUGCAAUGGCCUCUUCCCUCCUUCAUUUUUCCAGACUGAACAACGACAAGAGGAUGAAGAUGAAGAAGAAGAAGAAGAAGAAAAAGAGGUGCCUGUGAUGGUCCAUUCUGGGUUCUUGCGCGUUUUUCUCUCUAUCUACUCCAAUCCAACCUUUCAAAACCAGAUGUCAGCAAUAACGCAGCAAAGCAAGUCAAUUGUCAUCACAGGCCACUCCAUAGGAGGAACAGUUGCUUCUUUAUGUGCUCUUUGGCUCCUCUCUUACAUUCAAUCAGUCUCUUCUAGCCUAUCAGUAUUAUGUAUCACCUUUGGAUCUCCACUGCUAGGGAAUCAAUCCCUUCACCGUGCCAUUCUCCGCCAGAGAUGGGGUGCCAACUAUUGCCAUGUGGUAUCAAAACAUGACAUUGUCCCAAGGCUACUCUUUGCUCCUCUACCUCCCUUGACUCCUCAACUACACUCCUUGCUCCGAUUCUGGCACUUCUCACACUUUGGCUCACUUGCUGCCCAGUUGCCUAAUGAAACCAAAGCUGACAUUUUCCGCCUUGUAUUAGCUUCAUUGAGAGGCUUGGCAAAAGCUAAGGAAGGCUCAAAGAUAAGUUGUUGCUUUUGGCCAUCUGGGAAUUACUUUUUCUGUUCUGAAGAUGGAGCAAUUUGUAUCGAUAAUGCAAUGUGUGUUAUCAAGAUGAUGCAUUUGUUAUUUGCCACAAGUUCGCCGAGCUCUAGUAUUGAGGAUCACCUCAAGUACGGAUACUACAUUGGCAAAAUCUCUUUGCAGUUUUUGACCAAGAGAAGUCUCUUGCCUGAGGAGCUUCCUGAUUCAAGCUAUGAAGCAGGUGUAGCACUGGCAUUACAGUCCUCGGGAAUAAUUUUCCAGGAACCUAUUGCACGACCAGCCAAAGAUUGCCUAAAAUUGGCGAGGCCAAAGGGACUUACACCGAACUUGAACUGUGCUCACCUAGCAAUUAAGUUGUCUAAAAUUACACCGUAUAGGCUAGAAAUACAGUGGUAUAAACAAUCUUGUGAUCUGUGUGAUGAUCAAAUGGGGUACUACGACUCCUUCAAGCAAAGGGGAGCCUCAAGAAGGGACUUUAAAGUCAACUUGAAUCGGCUCAAGCUGGCUCGGUUUUGGGAUGACAUAAUCAAGAUGCUGGAGAACAAUCAGCUUCCUCAUGAUUUUCACAGGCGAGCAAAGUGGGUCAAUGCAUCCCACUUCUAUAAGCUUCUUGUAGAGCCACUGGAUAUUGCUGAGUAUUAUCGAACAGGAAAGCAUUGUAUAAAAGGCCAUUACAUCAGGAAGGGAAGAGAGAGGAGGUAUAAAAUUUUUGAUAGGUGGUGGAAAGAGAGACCAGUGAAGGAUGAAGAGCAGAAUACUAGGAGCAAGUUUGCAAGUUUGACUCAAGACUCAUGUUUUUGGGCAAAGGUGGAAGAAGCCAGAGAGUUGCUCGACAAAGUGAGGAGCGAGAAUGAUCCGAAAAAACUGACUUGGUUAUGGGAGAACAUUGAUAAAUUCGAGAGAUACGCGAGAGAAUUAAUUGAUAGAAAGGAAGUAUCUGAGGAUGUAGUAGCAAGGAAUUCAAGCUAUCGUCUUUGGGUGAAAGAUUACAAUGAAUUGAAAUCAUAGGUGGCACAAUUACGACCCCACUUUCCAAGCUUUAUGGAUGGGGAAGUUGUUCCUUAGUUUCUCUAUUCUAGAACAAGUUAGGAUUUGCAGUUGUCCUCGUAAUGAAUAUCACUAUAGUAUGAGUCUUUGUAUCAACAUCCUUCAUCUGCAAGAUGAUUUUUUAUUUUGUCCAAAAUAACAAUUUGAAGCUACUACUCACA